GUGUAGCUGAUUGAGAGUAGCUGUAGAGCUUGGUGAAGUUCUGCAGGGUUUGUGAAAGAGGCAUUUGAUUUAUUUGUAGUCUUAGAUGAUCGCCCUCAUGGCUUUGAAGGAGUUUUGUGUUUGGAAAGCGCUUAUUUUAGCCUUUUUUCUCUUUGCUGUUGAUGGACAGGCAUCGGGACCAUCCUUCUUGGUGACGUUUUCUGCAGUGAUUGAGUCUUGCUCUAAUGCUGAAUUGUGUGCAAGUCUUUUAAAACCCAAUGAGAGUCUUACAAUGACCAUCUUUCUGGUUGAUGACAAAAACCAGACAACACUGCUUGCACAGCAGAGAUCUUCAACAGCAUUUCACCACUGUUUUUGUUUCCAGGCCCCUCGAGUAGAUAAUGAAGAAUUAGUGCAGAAAGUAAGGGUGGUACUUCAAGGGAGGUUCUUUAAAAUGACAGAAGAGCGGAAAGUCAUGUUCAGACGUUACCUGCCUCUGACCUUCAUUCAAACCGACAAACCCAUCUACAAUCCAGGACAAACUGUGAACUUCAGGGUUUUGACCAUGGAUGCUAAACUUGUUCCUUUUGAUCAAAUGUACAGUCUGGUGGUGGUGGAGGACAAUAAUAAUAAUCGGAUUGGUCAGUGGACCGACAUUUCCUCAACUGGGUGGAUAUUGGAGCUUUCUCACCAGUUAAACCCUGAGGCUCAGGUUGGGAUAUACACACUGAGGGCUUUUAUUGCUGACCGGGUGAUCUCACAAGUUUUUGAGGUGAAAAAGUAUGUUUUACCCAAAUUUGAUGUAAUCUUGACUACACCACAGAUAUAUAGUGUGGGAGAUGUGGGACUGAAAGUUGAGGCUUGUGCCAAAUACACAUAUGGGCAACCUGUACCUGGUAAAGCAUUGGUGGAAGUUUGUCGUGAUCCGUUUCGGUACCCUAUGGUACUUGGCGCAUCUCGUGUGUGUCUUAACAAAACUGCUAGGUUGAACAACACUGGCUGUGCUUCUCUUACCAUCAGUACAUCAGAGUUCUUCACCACAAAUUUUGAAAGUGACCUGCAAAACUUUUUUCUUGUUAAUGGGAACGUCACUGAGGAGGGAACUGAUGUUAUGAUGUCAAAAUCCACAACCGUGUCCAUUACAUUUGAAGUUGGCAAGGUCAUGUUUUUGAACCUCCCAAGUUUCUUUAACUAUGGAUCGAUGAUUAAUGGAGAGAUCUUGGCAUCAUCUUUCAAUGGUACUCCAAUAGCAAGCAAGGUGGUUUAUCUCCUGGAUGGUAGCCAAUGGUCCGACAAACUGCUGAUGAAUCUGACUACAGACAUGCAUGGACUGGCCUCUUUCUUCCUCAACACUGCAGAUCUCCCCAAAGCAGAUCUGACUCUGGUGGCAAGUGCAACUUCACCGGUUUCUUAUGGUUAUAAGUCGCCCUUCUUCAGCAUAGAUAGGAGGACUGUGUCGCUUUCCCAAACUGAUACUCCCAACCACCCAACGUUUAGUUCAAUUGGUAUAGUGAUGUUUGAGCAGCCACUGAAAUGUGGUGACAAGUAUCCAGUGACAAUCUGGUAUUAUUUUGUUGAAGAAACUGGUGACUACAGUGCUGACAUCAUCUAUAUGGUCUUGUCCAAAGGGGUGGUUGUUCUGCAUGGAUUUCAGAAGGUCCAAGUGAGUGCUUUAAAUGCACCCAGUGGCACACUGUCAUUUGAUCUUCAUGUCAGUCCAGAUAUGGCUCCAGAAGUGCAGAUUCUGGCCUUCUGUGUUCUGCCAAGUGAGAAUGUAGUUGCUGCUAGUGCAACUUUUGACACUGAAAGGUGUUUUCAAAACCAGGUGUCUCUGCAGUUUUCUCCCCCUACAGCUGUUCCUAGUGAGGGAACCAUUUUGAACAUCUCUGCUCAAGCAGGAUCCCUGUGUGGCCUCAGCGCUGUCGAUCAGAGCGUCCGAAUCAUGGAGCCAGAAAGACGUUUAAGUGCUGAAGCGGUCUUCAAAAAGCUUCCGGUACGAUCAGAUUAUCCAUAUCUUGUUGAGGAUGAACAGGAGUGCCUGAGUGUACGGUCCCUAUCAGAUUAUCCAUAUCUGGUUAAGGAUGAACAGGAGGGCCUAAAUGUUCGACACCGUCGCUCUAUUCUUGCAAAUGAAGCUUACAACGUUUUCAAGAGUGUGGGGUUAAAGGUUGCAACAAAUCUGCCAGUUCAAGAACCUGACUGUCUGAUGUACAGGGGCCUUUAUUACUACCGCAACUUCUAUAUGCCUUUUGGUCUACGGGGCUCUGGAAGUGGCCAGGGAAGUGGCCAGGGAAGUGGCCAGGGAAGUGGAAGCGGAAGUGGAAGCGGGGGUGCUGGAGGUGAUGGCAGCUCCCCUUUUGACGUUACCAUCAGGACUUACUUUCCAGAAACCUGGAUCUGGCAGCUUUCUCAAGUGGGAAACUCUGGUUCCACACAAGUUGCUCUGAAGGUUCCUGAUACUAUCACCACCUGGGAGACUGAGGUGUUCUGCCUGUCCUCCAGAGGUUUCGGUUUGGCUCCUCCAGUUCAGCUGACUGUCUUUCAGCCCUUCUUCCUGGAGCUCUCCCUGCCUUACUCCAUCAUCCGUGGAGAGUCUUUUGAGCUGAAGGCUACGGUGUUCAACUAUCUGUCCAAGUGCAUCAUGGUUACAGUGACGCCAGCUUCUUCCUUGGACUUCAGUCUUCAACCUCUUAAUGAGCCAUACUCAUCCUGUCUCUGUGCCAAUGGGAGAAAAACCUUUAAAUGGAUCCUCUCUGCUUCUGUUCUAGGAUCUGUAAAUGUGACUGUCAGUGCUCAAGCAGAACAAUCCCAGGUUCAAUGUGGCACUGAAGUUGUGACUGUGCCAGAAAGAGGACGCAUUGACGUAGUUACUCGAAGUCUUUUUGUUCUGCCUGAGGGAGUUGAAAGGAUCUUCACCCAGAGUUGGUUAUUGUGUCCAAAGGGAAGUGCCCUUUCAGAAGAUUCAUCUCUGACGUUUCCAACAAAUGUGAUACAGGGAUCAACCAAAUGCUCAGUUUCAGUCCUUGGGGAUAUUAUGGGUCGUGCACUAAAGAAUCUUAAUGGGUUGCUACAGAUGCCAUCUGGCUGUGGAGAACAGAAUAUGAUUGUUCUUGCUCCCAAUAUUUACAUCCUACAAUACCUUGAAGCCACUGCACAGCUCACACCAACCAUCCGACAGAGUGCCAUUGGUUACCUUCAGAGUGGAUACCAGGGACAACUGAAUUACAGGCACAGUGAUGGUUCAUACAGCACUUUUGGUUACGAUGCAUCCAAUACAUGGUUGACCGCGUUCGUCAUGAGGUCUUUUGGCCUAGCAAGGCAUUUCAUCUUCAUUGAUCCCAAUGUCCUCCAGAGCGCACAGGAUUGGUUGAUUAGCAAGCAGGGUUCAGAUGGCUGUUUCAUGCAAGAGGGGACACUUUACCACUAUGACAUGAAGGGUGGUGUUGGUGAUAACGUGACCAUGACCGGCUACGUUGUUGCAUCACUGAUUGAAAUGGGUGUUCUUGUCACGGAUCCCAUCAUUACCAAUGCUCUAUCUUGCUUGAGGCCUGUUGUUGGGAACCUGGGAAACAUUUAUGCCACCGCUCUGCUUGCUUACGCCUUCAGUCUGGCUGGAGAGACGAGCACUCGAACACAGCUUUUAAGUUCCUUGGACAAUGCUUCCAUUUCUGAGGGCAAUAAGCUUCACUGGUCUCAGACUUCAUCUGGAGAAACUCUGGCAGUGGAGAUCAGCUCCUAUGUGCUGCUGGCCAUUCUCUCUGUACAGCCCCUCACGACCGCUGAUUUGGGCUAUGCUAAUCGCAUUGUCAACUGGCUUGUGACCCAGCAGAAUCCUUAUGGAGGCUUUUCCUCCACCCAGGACACUGUGGUGGCUCUUCAUGCUUUGUCUCUGCUUGCCAAACAAGUGUUCAGCUUGGAUGGCUCCAGCACUGUUACCGUACAGUCAUUGUCUGUAGCAGGAGAGGUUCAUAACUUCAACGUGAAUGGGGACAACAGGCUGCUGUAUCAGGAGAAGCCACUGAAGAACGUUCCUGGCAGAUAUAGUGUUGGUGCGCAGGGGUCCACCUGUGUGUCUGUGCAGGUUGCAUGUUUCUACAACAUCCCGACACCAAUUAAAGUUUCCAGAACACUUAGUGUUGCAGUGAAGGUGGCAAGAGACUGCAAAGUGCAAGGAGCCGAUCUCAUGUUGACAAUUACUGUGACUUACAAUGGUGCAAAGCCAACUACUAACAUGGUUAUUGUGGACCUUAAACUCCUGUCGGGUUUCACAGCAGAUACGUCACUGCUUGGAUCUCCACCAAAUUCAUUUGCUCCACUAGUGCAGCGUGUUGAUGCUGGAGAUGACCAUGUGCUUGUGUAUCUGAAAGAGGUUCCCAAGGGUGUCCCCAUGACCUACAGGGUACAGCUGAAACAGGUUCUUGCAGUUCAGAAUCUCAAGCCUGCGGUUGUUGAGGUUUAUGACUACUAUCAGCCAAGUGAUGUGUUUGAGACCACAUAUAUGCCUCCCUGUUCAUGAUCUUGCUCUUGUCUAUUGGAAGCAUGAAUUAAACAACUAAAACUUA